GGAAGAAGGUAGCGCAUGCGCCCGCCGUCCCCUGCGCCUCACGGCGUGCCCUGGCCGCGCCUGCGCACUCUUCUUCGCCAGGCGGAGGAGUCACCCAGACAGGUCGGGCCCGGGCGGAGCCUGCCUUACCCUCCGCUCCGUCGCUCGGUCUCCACCCACCAGCGUCGCCGCCGUCCACCUCUCCGCCCCACCACCACCGGGCUGACGUGGCCCGGGCCCGGCUCGGACAUGGCGGACGGGAGCAGGCAGAGCAAGCUGGCGGCGGCCAAGAAGAAGCUGAAGGAAUAUCAACAGAAGAAUAGCCCUGGGCCAACAGCUGGAGCCAAGAAGAAACGCAAAGGUAAAGAAGGAAGUAGACCAGAGACGCCAACUAAUGAUGGCAGAGAGUCUCCUGAAAACAUUCAGAACAUUCUGAAGGUGCUGGUGUCAGACCUUAAUCGCUCCAAUGGGGUAGCCAUACCUUCAUUGGACAAGAGGAAGGCAUACUGUGAUGGUGAUGUUGCCACUCAUAAUGCUGAACAACUCGCUGCUGGUGUCCACAUGUUGUCUAACAGCAACAGUUUGCCUAGCUCUGCCGCUCCAAGUCCUGGUAGCAUGCAGCUGUCGCAGAUCUGUGACUCUGAUCAUAAAAAUGCCUUGGAAGAAAACAGGUCCCUCUCUUUGACAGAGAGUCUUCGCCAGCUGUCCGAGCAGCUUAACGGCAUGGUCAAUCAGCCCAUGGCCUAUGUGAAUGGGGAAAAUGCCACAUCUUCCACAGAUAUGAAAGAGAUGGCGACACGUUACCAGGAGCUGGCAGUAGCCCUAGACACCAGCAAUCUAACAAACAAACAACUCAGUACAAAGAUAGAGGAAUUGAAACAGCAGAACCAAGAGGUUAUGAACCAGCUGGAAAAGGAAAAGAAGGGGUUUGAGCAGAAAUUUUCAAAGGAACAAGCAGCUUUGCGAGAACAAUUACAGGUUCAUAUUCAGACCAUAGGAAUCUUGGUUUCUGAGAAAUCUGAGCUUCAGACAGCUCUCGCACAUACACAGCAAGCCGCUCGUCAGAAAGCAGGAGAAGCAGAGGACAUGGCUACACGAUUGCAGUCCUCUCGCCAGAGGAUAUCUGAGCUGGAGCACACACUUGCCUCCCUCUCUACACAGCAGAAGCAGGCAGAGAAGCAUAACAAAGAGCUGGCAAAGGAACGAGAUGGUCUGAAACUGGAAGUCUAUAAGCAAAGUAAAAGUAGUGAAGAAUUCAAGCAGCAAAACUCUGAACUGUCCGAGAAGCUACGCACCUUGAUUUCAGAAAACUCAGCUAUGAAGCUGGAUGUGGAGGAUUUGCACAAGAAACUGGAAAUGGCGGAACUGAUGAUUCAGCAGUUUGCGAACCAGCCGGGAAUCCCAGAUGCCACUCAACAGCUGCAGACGGCACUGGAAGAAAGAGCAAACUUAGAAACCCAGAUUGCCCAGCUGUCUGAGUCACUCCAGCAACUGCAGGUUGAACGGGAUCAGUAUGCCCACAAGCUGAAGGAGGAAGGUGGAGUCUGGCAGCAACGAGUACAGGUGCUCUCUGAGCAGAUCCGUGCUUUGGCAGAAGAAAAGAACCUGAACAUAACUCGAAUUCAGGAGCUGGAAGCUAACCUGUCCGAGUUGCUCAGCAGUCAGUCUGCAGCGAAGCCCCCGGAAAGUGAGCCUGCCCCCCCUUUGGGGCCAACAGAAGCUGAGCUGCGCUUGGAAGGAGAGCUUAGUCGGCUGCAGCAGGAGAAGGAGGCGCUUCGUGGGCAGUGUCAAGCCCAGGUGCGGGACAACGAGCAGCUGAGCCGCCUCAACCAGGAGCAGGAGGAGCAGCUGCAGGAGCUGGAAAAGACGCUGCAGCGCUACAGCGAGGAAGCGGUGGACAGGCAGCAGAUCCUGGAGAACAUGCAGAGUGACAAGGCAACCAUCAGCCGGGCCAUGACUCAGAACCGGGAGCUCAAGGAGCAGCUGGCGGAGCUGCAGAAUGGGUUUGUCAAACUGACCAAUGAGAACAUGGAGGUGACGAGUGCCUUGCAGUCAGAGCAGCAUGUGAAGAAGGAGCUGGCCAAGAAGAUUGGAGAGCUGCAAGAGAAGCUGGCUGAGCUCAAGGAGGCGGUGGCUCAGAAGACACAGGAGGCUCAGGCCCUUCAGGAGCACCGGGAUCAGUGCUACACCCGUCUCCAGCAAUACACUGCAGCGUACCAGCAGCUAGCUGUUGAGAAAGAGGAGUUGCACAAACAGUACCUUCUUCAGGCACAGCUCAUGGAUCGCCUGCAGCACGAGGAGGUCCAGGGCAAGGUGACUGCCGAGAUGCACUUCAAAGAGCUCCGGCAAGCCAAGGAAAGCCUGGAGACAGUUGCCAAAGAAAACAAAGAGCUGCAGGCCCAUGUCAGCCAGCUCAUGGCGGAACUGGAUGCAAAGAUGCUUCCCAGGGCACAAGGGGACGGUGUGGAAACUGAAGAGACUGUGGAAGACCUGAAGACUCCUUUGGUUGCCAUCCCAGAGAAUUUUGAAAGUAGAGAGGAAAUGGUUGCUUUCUUGACAUCUGCCAUGUCUCAAGCGGAAACUGAGCGAGAAGAGAUGAGGCAGCAACUGUCUGAUCAGAAGAGGCAAUGCAGAGGCCUCUUGCAACAGAUCGCCAUGCUGAGGAAGGAGCAGCUGUUGCAUGUUGCAUCAGGGGGAGGUUCUGCCGCAGAUUCUGUUCCAGGUGAGGUUCACGAAGUCUUAAAAAGUGCCAUGGAGAAGCUGCAGUCUCGAUUCACAGAUUUGAUGCGUGAGAAGGCAGAAUUGAAAGACCGGGUGGAAGAGCUGGAACAUCGCUGCAUACAGUUGUCUGGAGAAACAGACACCAUAGGUGAGUAUAUUGCCUUGUACCAGAGUCAGCGGGCUAUCCUAAAACAGCGCCACUGUGAGAAAGAGGAAUACAUCAGCCGACUGGCCCAGGACAAGGAGGAAAUGAAGAUGAAGUUACUAGAGCUGCAGGAACUGGUGAUGCGCUUGGUUGGUGAGAGGAACGAAUGGUAUACAAAAUACGUGGCGGUGGCUCAAAACGUGGAUCCCCGGCCUGGCCCCCAAAGUGAGGCUCAUGCGACACCAGAGGGGCACCUUGAGCUGAAUGCGACUGAUGGGGAAGGGUUGCGAGAAGUGAGUUUGGCUGAUGAGCCAGAACUGGAGUCCGCAGCUUCUCAAUCCCGCCCUCCUCGCUCUGACGGCAAAGGCCUCCAGCCUGCUGCACAGGACCCCACUGCCAAACAGAUCAUGCAGUUGCUACGUGAAAUCCAAAACCCCCGGGACAGACUGGGCUCCCUCUUGGAAAACCCCUGCAUCCCCUUCUUCUAUCGAGCAGAUGAAAACGACGAAGUCAAGAUCAUGGUGGUGUAACGUGGCACAGGACCUGCAGGGACGGAGAGUGCCCCGUUUUCUGCCCCGUGUGCCUGGGCAGCAGCGCCACACGUGGUCAUGCUGGGCGGAACUCAAGCGCCAGGCAUUGUGUGCUAGUCCUCCCUUUUUGCUGUUCCUGAACAGAUCAUGUAGGGUCAUCAUGUGAAGUUCAGGAGAAGACUUGGUUCUCCUGAUUCCUGCUUCAGCCAGCCAGUCAGUUUCCUCAGCCAGUGACCUUGUUCCAGUUGUCACAGUAGCCAUUUGCUCAGCGUCUUUCCACUAAUUUAUUCCAGGAGUAGAUGGUUUGGAUUCUGUUUGUCCCCCACCAUAGAUCUCGGCCCUUUUGCUUUAUUGCACAACAAGCCACCUCUCCAGACUUAACAGCCAUCUUCAUCUCUAGUUCUCCCUAAAACAGAGUGCUGCAAAAACGUUUUGCCAGAAGCUCUGGUGGGUUACAUUUCCAGUUAGCGUUCUGGGGUUGGCCUCUGGCUCUUUGGUGCAGAUGAUUUGAGGGUGGAAUGAAAAUAUGGCUGCACUUUUGAAGGUGAUAUACCUUGCUGUGUAGGAUUUUUUUGAAAAAAAAAGAUGGGGAGACCUAAUUUUUUUAAAAAGUAAAUCAAUGAAAAAACUAGUAUACUUCUGUGUUGAUUUCUGGAAUUUCAGCUACUUGUAAUUAGAUAUUUUCUUCCUAGUUGGGUGGUGGAAUAUUCUGAUAGCAAGCUUAGAGAGUUGAAAUGGGUUUUUUCCCUCUCCUGUAAAACUUAGUAUGGAACUAGGCCAAAGAGUUCUAUGGAGGAGGCUGCAGGGAUGCAUCUCAUCUGUUGCAGAGUGAAGCAGGUGCAUGAGGGAGGGUCAGACUGAAGGAUUUGCCCCAUGUCUAGCUUGAAUCCCCCUUAGGAAGCCGUGUGUGGGAGAUGACUGUAUAUCUGCAUAAGCAGCAGAAGUAGCUAGCUGGUGAUGUAGCUCCCUGUUGCUGCAGUCCUGCUUGGAGGUGAAAAGCACCACCAAAGUGGACAGGCAUUGCUUCUGCGUUGCACUUCCCUGCCUAGAAGACAUUUUGCCAUUCACUUAUGUAAUAGAGUCUGGCAUAUUUGUCAUGGCCUUUCUUUGCAGUAGGUUGCUAGAAACAGUCUAUCCAAAGCCCAAAAGCACAUAGGGAAGCUUUUUAAAACACAAGCUUCUUCCUCAUCCCUGCCUGUUUUUCCAGAAGAGAACGAUUGUAGACUUAAAUCACUGCACUCUUCCAGCCUCUAGGGAGUUGAAUGUCUCCAGGAGACUCCUGACUGCAAAACUCAAGAAAACAUCCAGGAAAUUGGCACAGCUGUGAUGUCAGUGUUACUCCCUCAGUGCAUUGUAGUGACAAAGUGAGCUUGUGAGCUCCUGUUUGCACAAAUGUACAUAGUGUAUCUGUGUAACAUUUUGUAUAUACCUUGAAUAAAGAGGGGACAAGCCUUGGGGCAGCAUUUCUGGCUGCUGGAAAGCUACUUAUAGUCUUGUAUUAUAUAAAAAAAAUCUAACUUGGGAGGGGCAGGAAUGUGAUUUAAUAUGGAACAUUGUGAAAUAUUUAUUGGGUGUCUGAUUUCCAGGAAUGUGAAAGAAAAAACCUUAUUAGAGAAAUCUUGCAUUCUGUUGCAGAGAUAAUUUAAUCCUGUUACAACUUUCUGAAUAAACCUGUUCCACCUAGCA